AUGAGGCUGAUCGUACUGUUGGGCCUGCUGCUGGGAGUGCUGUACUGCAUUCACCUGCUGGUCCAGGACUACCAGGCGUUGUCCGCGCCGCGGAUGCUGUUCAGGUUCCUCUUCAAAAGGGAUGUCAACGCCCAAAACUAUACGAAGCCACACGUUCGCUGGAGAAGGAUUCUGCUUCACGACCCAAUCCAGUGCGCCCGUUACUUGUACUGCGAUCUGGGCGCGCGGCCAGCCGACACCGAGCCGAGGAAAGGAUUCGUGGUCAUGCUGACAUUAGAUCCUUACGCAGAGGAUAAGCUUUCUCACGAAGUGUUCGCGAAAGCUUACGAGUCGGGCAAGUUAAACAGCGACGCAGAAUAUUGCAAGAAGAAAUACUACAUGUGCCCUUUCGACGCGGGGUUCCUCUUCGAGAUAAUACAAUACCUGCUUAAAACUUAAGCAAAGUAUAUUGACGUAAAUAUUUUGCUAAGCCUUACCUCCUCUAUGAGCUCAAUUUUAAGAAUAUGGUCUUGA